GAAGCAGGAGCAGCCCCGCAGCUCUCUCGGGGAUGGCUCAAAUCAAAUGCGGAAGUUUACACCCAGGAAAGCUGCUGCCGCGCCGCCGUCACUCUCCAAAUGAAUGUUGACAUGACAGGAGCCGCGCGCCCGUGACAGACAGCGGAGGGGAGACCGUAGGAGGAUUUUAGGAGUUAUGUCUUCUCUUGGCACGGCGGAGAGACGCGCGUUCGCUCUCAAAAUCAACAGGACCUCCUCGUCUGAGAUCCGGAAACACUAUGGAAACUAUGGAAACUUUGGAGUCUUGCACAGCAGGACAAACUCUAAUGCGUCCGCCUCGGUGUCUCUCACUGUGCCGCAGUCGUACGAGGCGGUGGACCCCUUGGAUCUGGAGGACUUCCUGAUGUCUCAGUUAUACAGCACAGACUCGGGCCUGAUGCAGGAGCUCGGAGACUUCCCCAAUGACGACCUCAGCGUGGAGAAGGUGGAGAGGGAGUGCCGAACCGUCCGCCACUCUGUCCCCGAGGAUGGACCGGAGCUGGAUCCUCACGUGAGAGACUGCGUGAAGAGCUACACCCAGCCUUGGAUUGUCGUCACCAGAAGGUGCCAGGGCGACGGCUGGAGCUCGUACGCAGAGAGAACUGAAUUCCACAAACUCCUCCAGAAACAGACGUUUGAGUCCGACGUGCAGACGGAGAAACAGCACACAACUGUGAAGUCCCCAUCUCUGGCCGUGCUGAGCGACGACUCUGGCCGCACGCUGACCUCCUCAGACUUCAACCUGCGCUGUCUGACCCCUGACCAGAGGGUGGAGGGGCUGCUGGCCUUUAGCAGUCACGAGGAGCUGGACCGGUUCAACCAAGAGGCCCGACUCGGAAACAGACACCCGGAGCUGUAUGCACUGUGUCCUCCAGCUGACGAGGAAGAUGCUGUGGAGAUCAGACCCAUCCCAGACUGUCCCAAAGAACACAUUGGAGACCGCAUCCUUAUCCGAUGUCAAUCCAUCAAGUUUGAGAUCGACAUCGAGCCCAUUUUCGCCACAAUGGCCCUGUACGACCUCAAAGAAAAAAAGAAGAUAUCUGAGAACUUCUACUGUGACUUGAAUUGCGAUCAGUUUAAAAACUUCCUGAAAGUUCACACCCCUCACGUGGAUCACUCCACUCUGGCCCGUUCUGCCAUCUUCUCCAUCACCUACCCUUCCCCCGACAUCUACCUGGUCAUAAAGCUUGAAAAGGUGCUGCAGCAGGGGGAGAUUGCAGAAUGCGCCGACCCUUACUUGACCCUGAGAGAAACUGAGUCAGGGAAGAAUAAGGACAAACUGGAUAAGCUGCGGGGUCAGGCGGAGACCUUCUGCUACAGACUGGGGCGUUAUCGUAUGCCCUUCGCGUGGGCGACCGUCAACAUCAUGGAGGUCAUUUCCACGGCAACAGCUUCAAUGGACACUACUGACUCGGACAGCUUAAGAGGAGGUAAAUCCAGCAGUAUAGACCGGCGGAUUCAACUCCCCAGAAGAAACUCUGAGCGCUACAGCACUUUCGAGGAUCAGUUGUGUAAUAUUUCUUCCUUCAAAUGUGCAACCAUCACCAUCAGCACCAUCUUCAAACAAGAGGGUGAUCGCUUGAGUGAUGAGGACUUGCUGAAGUUCCUUUCCGAUAUUAAAAAGACGUCCACUCCACAACGAAGAAUAAAGACAAUUCCAGGCAACAUCCGACUGGACAUGUCCCCUCUCCACGACACUCCUCAGGCCUGUUUGUCCACAGAGCUCAUCCCUCUGAUCCCAGCGUCCGAGAAAACCAUAAGACCCGUGAAAGAGGUGCUGGAGUUCCCGUCCAGCGAAGUCUACGUCCCCCAUAGCAUUUACAGGAAUCUGCUGUUUGUGUAUCCUCAGCGGCUAAACUUUGUGAACAGAUUAACAUCAGCCAGAAACAUCACCAUUAAAAUUCAGUUCAUGAGUGGAGAGGACCCAACCUGCUCUAUGCCGGUAAUUUUUGGAAAGUCAAGUGGUCCUGAGUUUGUCCGGGAAGUCUACACACCAGUGACCUACCAUAACAAGUCCCCAGACUUCUAUGAGGAGGUAAAAAUAGCGUUGCCCGCUCGCCUCACAGAGAGACAUCACCUGCUGUUCACUUUCUACCACAUCAGCUGCCAACAGAAGCAGAACCAGAGCGGGAGCUGUGAGACUCUCAUCGGAUACUCCUGGCUUCCCAUGUUGCAUAGCGAUCGGCUGCAGGCGGGUCAGUUUUGUUUGCCCAUUGUUUUGGAUCGACUCCCAAUAAACUACUCUCUUCACCCACCAGAGAAACUCCCUCCUCAGGUUCCCCCAGUCAAAUGGAUGGAAAGUCAUAAAGGACUUUUUAAUCUUGAGAUCCAGGCUGUGUCGUCUGUGCACACUCAGGAUAACCACUUGGAGCGGUUCUUCACGCUGUGUCACGCUCUGGAGGGUGGGGCCACGUUCCCUCUGAGGGUCCGAGAUGAGAAGAUCCCAGAAAACAAACUGGAGCACGAGCUCAAACUCAGCAUCAUCUCCCUGUCCUCCUCCAGCCUGGAGCCUCUGGUCAGCUUCCUCCACCUGGUCCUGGACAAACUCUUCACUCUCAUCAUGCAGCCCAUGGUCAUCGCUGGGCAGACAGCGAACCUUGCCCAGAUCGCAUUUGAAUCAGUGGUGUCCAUCGUCAACAGUCUUCACAACAGUCAGGAGCUGAUCCGAGACCAGCAGGGACGAAACUGCCUCUUAGCCACAUACCUGUACUGGGUCUUCUGUCUGCCCGACCCCCCAAAAGACAUACACAUCUCAGGUCCAGGAACCAUCACGGCGUCCAUAGAGCCGUUUCCCUUCAGCACUAUGAGCAGAGUCACAGCUUCUGCCAUCGGGAAUAUGCUUCUGCAGUCCAGGGUCCGCAGCAGCAGUAACCCCGACAUCCCGGGUCCUCACAGCUCUGCAGAGGACAAUGAAGUGCAGAAUAUACUCGCCAAGGGUCACAACAUCGCCGGCAGCCGCAUGUCGACCUACGUCGAGGGGAACAACCAGAACGCUGCAGGGAGCACCAGGCCGUCCAACAGGAAGCUGUUCCACGAGGAGCUGGCCUUACAGAUGGUCGUCAGCACCGGCGUCUGCAGAGAGAACUCCUACAAAUAUGCAUGGUUCUUCUUUGAGCUUCUGGUGAAAAGCAUGGCUCAGCAUGUCUCCCAACUGGACAAACAAAACGUCCCUCGGAGAAGCCGCUUUUCCGACCGCUUCAAAGAUGACAUCACCACCAUCGUCUCCGUGGUUACUGCGGAAAUUUGCACCAUUCUGGUCAAACAGCAGAAGGAGGUGGAACAAGCGGAGAAAGUCAACAUCAGCCUGGCCUUCUUCCUGUACGACCUGCUGUCUCUCAUGGACCGGGGAUUUGUGUUUCUGCUGGUGAAAAACUACUGCAACCAGAUGACGUCCAAGAGCGUGUCCAUGCCCACCCUGAUCAGCAUGCGUCUGGAGUUCCUGAGGAUCUUGUGCAGUCACGAGCACUACCUGAACCUGAGCCUUUUCUUCAGCAGCCCGGCCUCAGCUCCCGCCUCCCCCUGUCCGUCCAUCUCCUCUCAGAGUUCUGGCAGUUUCCAGGAGCAGCAGAGGUUCUUGGCUCUGUUUGAACUCUCUCAUGAGUUUAAACAGCAGCACUAUCUGACCGGUCUGCUCCUGACUGAACUCAACGCUGCCCUGGACAUGGAGUCAGAGGGAGCGAAGGUGCAAAGAAAAGCCAUUAAUGCUGUUUACAGUCUGCUGUGCACUCACGAUCUGGACCAACGCUGUGUGAAACCUGAAGUCAGAGCUAAAGUGGCUGCUCUCUACCUCCCUCUUGUGGGCAUCAUUAUCGACUCCACUAAUUAUCUGGACUUCACUGUUUGUGACAGCCGAGGCGGGAAAAACAAGUCUGGGGGACCGGACGAUGACCUUGAAAACAUCCCGCCCAUCAAUCAGUCUGUUGCCAUGGCGAUCGCCGGGAACCCCUUCAACACCCUCGGCCGCAAUGUGCUCGUUUCCAUGGCGUCGAUGCAGGGCAAAUCCGUAGCCACGUUGCCCGCAGACACCAGUCGAAACCUGCUCGUCUGUUUCCUUUGGGUGAUGAAGAACGCAGACCUAAGUUUGAUCCAGCGCUGGACGGUGGACAUGCCCCCUUCACAACUCAACAAACUGCUGGAGCUCCUCACCAUCUGCCUCUCCUGCUUUGAAUACAGGGGCAAGCAGAGCACAGACAAAGUGAGUGCUCUGGCGCUACAGAAGUCCCAGCAGGCCAAGCUGCAGCUGGAGGAGGCUCUGCUGAAGGGGGCCGGGGCCAGAGGGGACAUGAUGAAGAGAGUUGGAGGCAUGGACAAAACCUUGAGCUAUGGAGACAACCGACGCUGGAGGAAAGACCUGACCCAGUGGAGGCAAACCAAUGAUCGACAAGAUAAAACAAAAGCAGAAUUGGACCAAGAAGCUUUGAUCAGUGGAAAUUUGGCCACGGAAGCAAACCUCAUCGUUCUGGAUCUGCUGGAAACCAUUGUACAGGCGGUGCCACUGGCUGAUUGUAAGGACAGUGUGGUGGGUGGGGUCCUUAGGGUGCUCCUUCACUCCCUCACCUGUAAUCAGAGCACCACGUUCCUCUGUCACACCUUCAGCACACUACGGGCGCUCAUCGUCAAGUUUGGAGACCUGCUGUUCGAGGAGGAGGCGGAGCAGUGUUCAGAUCUGUGUCAGAAGGUGCUCCAGUACUGCAGCAGCCCAGUGGACGAGAACAGGAGCCAGGCCUGUGCCACUCUCUACCUCAUCAUGAGAUACAGCUACAGCAACGCCAGCAAUUUCUCCCGGGUGAAGAUGCAGGUCACCAUGUCUCUGGCGUCUCUCGUGGGACAAUCCUCAGACUUCCAGGAGGAGCAUUUACGGCGUUCACUCCGCACCAUCUUGGCCUAUGCAGAGGAGGACUCAGAGAUGCAGAAUACACAGCUACCCUCUCAGGUGGAUGAGCUGCUAAGGAACCUGAACAGUAUUUUGUCAGACACUGUCAAAAUGAGAGAAUUUCAAGAAGACCCUGAGAUGUUGAUGGAUCUCAUGUACAGGAUCGCUAAGGGUUACCAGACGUCUCCUGACCUCCGCCUGACCUGGCUGCAGAACAUGGCAGAGAAACACAACAACAGGAAGUGCUACACGGAGUCGGCCAUGUGUCUGGUGCACGCCGCCGCCCUGGUGGCAGAGUACCUGAGCAUGCUGGAGGACCACAAGUACUUACCUGUGGGCAGCGUCACUUUCCAGAACAUCUCUCCUAACGUGCUGGAGGAGUCUGCCGUGUCCGAUGACAUCCUGUCCCCCGAUGAAGACGGCGUGUGCUCGGGGCGGUACUUCACGGAGAGCGGUUUGGUCGGGCUUCUGGAGCAGGCUGCAGAGCUGUUCAGCAACGGUGGUCUUUACGAAGCUGUGAAUGAAGUUUACAAGAUCAUAAUACCGAUAUUGGAAGCACACAGAGACUUCAGAAAGCUGUCUUCUACUCACAGCAAGCUGCAGAAGGCAUUUGACAACAUCAUUCAAAAGGGCCAUAAGAGGAUGUUUGGAACGUAUUUUCGAGUAGGGUUUUAUGGAUCUAAGUUUGGUGACCUGGAUGAACGAGAAUUUAUCUACAAAGAGCCCGGGAUCACACAUCUGCCGGAGAUCUCUCACAGACUGGAGAAUUUCUAUAGUCAGUGUUUUGGAGAUGAUACGUUGGUUAUGAUAAAGGAUUCUUCGCCGGUGGACCAAACGCAGCUCAAUCCAAACAAGGCGUACAUCCAGAUCACUUUUGUGGAGCCGUACUUUGACGACUACGAAAUGAAAGACCGAAUGACAAACUUUGAGAAAAACUUCAACUUGCGGCGUUUCAUGUACACCACUCCAUUCACCAAGAGUGGGCGACCGCGCGGUGAACUCAACGAACAAUACAAAAGGAAGACUAUUCUGACCACAAUGCACGCCUUCCCCUACGUCAAGACGCGCCUUAAUGUCAUACAGAAAGAAGAGUUUGACCUGACCCCGAUCGAAGUGGCCAUAGAGGACAUGCAGAAGAAGACCAGGGAGUUAGCAGUGGCCACACACAGAGAGCAGCCCGACGCUAAGAUGCUACAGAUGGUGCUGCAGGGAUCGGUGGGAGCAACUGUCAACCAGGGUCCUUUAGAGGUGGCCCAAGUCUUCCUGAAUGAGAUCCCAGCCGACCCCAAGCUGUUCCGUCACCACAACAAACUGCGCCUGUGUUUCAAAGAGUUCAUAAUGAGAUGCGGGGAGGCAGUGGAGAAGAAUAAGCACUUAAUCACCUCAGACCAGAAGGAAUACCAGCAAGAACUGAAAAAGAACUACAACCGCCUGAGAGAAAACCUGCGGCCGAUGUUGGAGAGGAAGAUUCCCGAGCUGUAUAAACCCAUCAUCCGACCGCGACUGGAAAACAGGGAUUCCUUCAAACGCCUAAGUUUCCGCCGUAAUGCCGAAGAAAACUCGUGAGACGCACGCCACGCUUUCUCUGGUUCUGCUGUGGAAAGGAAGGGGGAACUGUCACAGCGCUGAGAAAAUAACAAGGAACAGUGAACAUAGUAUUUUGUGUUAUCUGUCGUAAUCUUGUGGUUACUAGAUGCAGAGGUACAACUUCAAAACCAAUGUGUAGUUUAUCCAGGGGUUUCAGAAUGAUGCAAAGAUAAGAGUUCAAAAACUAAAUAUUCCAUGUGUUGAAUGGUCCUCAAAAUGGCACCAUAUAACGAGAAGCUGGAACCAGUGAAAAGGUUGAGUUCACAAAAAAAAUCGUAAUGUAUUUUUAAAUGUUAUAAACUAAAAGUGGCACAGACUUGGUCAAAUUUGUUGAACCAAUUUUAAUUUCAGUGUGUGUGGAUUUUAUGUUAAGUGAUUUCUAUUAAAAACAGUCAAUUCCCCAUAGAGUUUUAUUGAUACAACAUUUCCUGGCAGUGCGAUGCUAAUUAUAGGCACUGCUCUGUCUGAAGUUGUGUUAUUCAUGUUAGAUUUUAUUAACCUGAGCUUUGUUUAAACACAAUCCGAUCAUAAAAAAGUUGACUUAGCCGGAGUUACAACAGGUGAGCUGAUUUGUGCUUUGGACAAGUCAACAGUUUUUCUCACCUCUUACGUAAACGGGACCAUAAACGCUCAUAACGAUCCCAGACGCUGAAAAUAUUUAGUUUAAAUCCAUUUUGUGUUCUUUCUUGAGUUUUCAGACAAUGUUAAAACUUGUUUGACAGUCCUAAUGUGCGGGCUUUCCUUCAGAGACAUGCAAGCAGAACAUGUCAAUAAAUUACAUCAAAUUCAAGUGAACACAACCUAUUCACAUCCUAAUCAUCAAAUGCAGUUUUUUUUUUUUUUUUACAAUCUUAUCCUAAUGUAUGCUGCAAACUUUUUUCAUUCGGUCAAAACAGCCAGAGAGAUCUAACCCAGGACCCCACGUCUCCACCUUUUGUGCAUAUGUAUUACGUCUAAUAUAUAAGAAAAUAUAUUUUGGUGCCGUACUUAAGUCACUUUGUAUUCAGUGAUGAUAGAUGAUUUUGCUAUGCUGUGUGCCUCUGGAUAUUCCACUUUGGGCAUUUGAACAUAAUGUAUGCUGGUGAGAGCAGAGGCAAAAUAGAGAUACAAAUUUAGUGUCAAAGUUUAGCACCGUUCCCAUUCGUUUUAGCGUGACAGCGUUUAAAAAUGUUUGUUGCAGAAUACAAUUGUGGAUUAAGACGUAUCUCUUGACUAGAAUUCUCCAACUAAACCCCAUUUUGUAUUUUGUACAGAGAAAAUAGUUUGUUUACAAAGAUUUAUGAAACUAUUUUAUUUUACCGUAUUUUAGCUUUAAAAUAAUAGCAAUAAUGUAUAAUAUUUAGUAGUCUCAUUGUUUUUAGUAACUUUCUGUAAAUAAGCCACAUUCAACACCAGUGCCAAAUGCAGUCAUUACUAAUGGUAUAAUAAUAUAUUGUGUUUAAAAUAGUUUUUCUCAAGAACAUUCCAGAGUAAGUUGCAUUGAAAUAAUCAUAUUUUAAGAGUAAUAUCUCACAAUGACGAUGUUUUAAGCGUAUACCAUUACUCAGUCUUUCCUAGUGCUUCCAGGUACAACAGUUUUUAGUGUUAAAUACUUUGAUGAGUAUUAUGUGUUUAGUUUUAUUCCAUUUGAAACAAUUUUGAAAAGCACACGAUGUAAUGUACAGGCAUUUUGUGUUAAAUGAAUGGCACUCAACCACUGGAUUUGUAUUUUAAAAUGUGUUCUUAUUCCUCAGUUUGUAUGUUUAUGUUGUAUUUUAACAAUUGUUUUUAACGUGUCUGUACAGUGAUCAGAGCAGCUAAAUAAAUUUUAAUUUAUGCUCAA